AUGACUGACACUCCCCGACUACGUUCGGCGUUCCCCCGAACUCCUCGCUCCAAUCCACGGACCCCUCGCACGUCCGGCGGCUACCGUGACCAGAAUGUCACGCCUACCCCCUUUGGUAGGGGAAGCAAGAUCAACUUCAACACUGCCAGCGCCGUUGUGAGGUCAGCCAACGCCGCUCAGCCUCAGAAUCCGCCUCUGAUACCGUUUCACAUUGUCGAUGCGCCUGCGCAGAGACUCUACGUUGUUGCGUUUUAUGUUGCGCUGAAUUCAUGGCGGUUAUACGAAUACUGGACGUCCACAGAUGAAGGGGAUGCCACAUGGCUCUUUUUGAAAUGGCUGCUCAUAGAUGCCGUCUACCUGUUUGGUCUACCAAUACUACGAAUUCCGUGGCUGGAAUGGGCGUUUUCCACUACAUUGGCGAUAUUCCUGGUUCAUGUGGUGAUCAAUGUGUUUUUGAUGUUUAGGAUUCCGUUACCGAUGGAAGCAUGGGGGGUUGCUCUGUUUAAAAUGGCGUAUGACAGAGAGCUGUCCAUCUCUGGACAGCGAGUCAAACCUUAUGAUAUUUUACACAACUCGUCUUUGAUUCUAGGCAAACACAUCGUUCAUAUACUGCCAGAAGGUUCUGCUGUCCUAAACCCGGAUAAGGUCCCACUCUGUCUCGGCCAUGCGCAUACCUCCGUGAACCUCCCGAUCCGAGUCAACCAGACAAACCCCAUCCUUAUAGAAAUAUUGCGCUUCGAUCUCGAAACUGGCGCAAAUGAAACGAUCGUCAUACCUGAAAAACAGGCCAAGGCUCUUAGACGUCAGGCAAGCCAGGCCUCUCGACCAGACUCGCAGAGCUGGCUGGAUCUCCUCUAUCCCGUACGCAAAACGGGUGUAUAUCAGAUAAAAAGGGUGGUAGAUGAGUCCAAGCUUGCCGUCCAUCACCGCUCGAUGGAUACACUCGUUGUCACUUGCCCGAAAGCCUCGGUCCAGACUCGGGGGGCCCACAAGUGCAGAGGCGAGCUAUCAGACCUGACUAUGUCACUGCACGGAACUCCGCCAUUCAAGAUAAAAUACAGCCGUACAGUCAACGAUGUCGAUCAGGGAAUAUCUUUCCAAAGCAUUCAGCCAGAGACCCAUCAUAAGCUGCCGGAGUCAGACGAAGAACCGAUCAACCCAACACUGGCCAAGUUUAACUGGGCACGCCCACAGAAAGUUGAAGUCCCGCUAAACGAAUCAUUGUCUGCGUUUGGUGAAUGGGUUUACGCCAUAGAGGAAGUCCAUGACGGCUGCGGCAACGUCGUUAAUUAUACCUUGCAUCCAGACGUCGACGACAGUCUUUGGUCACAACAUCCUCCACACUCUCAGAAAUUCUUCGUCCAUGAACUGCCCCGGGUCUCUCUGGCUGGCUGUGAUACCCAAACAUAUCUGCAGAUUGCGAAGGGGGAGUCAAUUGACCUCCCGGUACAUUUCCAUGACACCGGAUAUGGCCAGAAUAAGGAUUUCCCCUUCACUCUCAGCUAUUCCUUUGCUGAGUCUGGAGACGAUAGUGAUAAAAGAAUGCCUACAUCAGUCCAUGAAUUCGAGUUUAAAAACUCCAACAAUAGACCAAGAAUCAAAGCCUCUGGGUGGUACAGCAUCACUGGUAUUUCUAGCCAGUUCUGUCGGGGUGAGGUUUUUGAGCCUUCGUCCUGCUAUCUCCAUAACCCUGCUGAGCCGCAACUGGCUAUUCGCCACGAAAAGGUGUAUGAUUCAUGUGCCAAUAAUUCCGUCGGUCUUUUGGUUUAUCUCGACCUGAUCGGAACACCGCCGUUCAGGGUCCGAUAUUCCAUCGAGCAUUCCAAGGGCGUACAAACCAGGGUGCAUACGAUCAGCGGCCUGCACGGACAACUCGACUUGAAACCUGCCGAGGAAGGUCAUUACAAGUACAGAUUCUUGGACAUAUCUGAUCGUGUAUACGAGACCAGGUCAUUGAAAGACAGCGUACCAGCCCUUGAACAGGAUGUAAAGCCUCCUGCCUCUGCACACUUCGUCGGGCCACUUACAAGCCGCAAAGCUUGUUUCGGUGAGCCUGUUUCGAUGGAUGUGAUGUUCGUAGGUGAACCGCCGUGGGUUCUGAAUUAUGAAGUCGUUCACAAUGGGAAGAGGAAGAAGCAUGAAUUGAAGAGUGACACCGAUGUUGCAUCUCUCUCUACGGUCGACCUUGUUAACGGCGGUGUUUAUACUGUUGGCCUUACCAGUGUCAAAGAUAGGUCAAACUGUAAGAGGGCCCUGAAAGAGGAGAUUCGAAUCGAAGCCCGACCGAAGAGACCACGCGUUGCGUUUGGACAGAUAGAUCAGAAGCGGAAUGUCCUCGCAUUGGAGGGUAAAGCGGUGGAUCUGCCUUUGAGACUGGAGGGUGAGGCUCCAUGGAAAGUGAAGUAUCGAAACAAGCUUGAUCCUUCAGCCGCCCCUGUGGAAAAAACCUUUUGGAACGCGAACAGUGUCCUUCGAGUAUCAGAUGAAGGACAGUACGAAAUCAUUGGCCUAUCGGAUGCAACUUGCCCUGGAUCGGUUGACGAAAAGGCGCAUAUAUUUGAUGUUUCUUGGAUUUCCAGGCCGAAGAUUACCGAAAUUGACUCUGUCAAAUUGGGUACGCAGACCACUUUUGCAAAGGAUGAAGUAUGCGAGGGAGAUGUGAGCUCCUUGGAGUUGAAAUUCGGGGGCAACCGUCCAUAUACUGUUCGGUACGAAGAGAGCUACAAGGCCGGAAACUCAAACCCAUCGGCCAGGAUGAGGAGUCUUACCGCAGCGCUGAACUCUGCCUCCAUUCCUAUGCGGACCUCUGUGGCUGGGAACUAUACAUACAAGUUCUUGGAAAUUGGCGAUAACCUCUAUAGCCCUGAAAAGAAAGCAAAGGACCCAAUCGUUGUUACCCAGAGGGUGAACCCGCGUCCAUCAGCACGUUUUGAGUCUCCUAGUAAGGUUUACGGAUUCUGCAAGGAGGAAGAGCAGGAAGAUGAGACGAUUCCGAUCUUGCUGGAAGGAGUACCUCCAUUCACACUUGAACUGGCCGUCAAACAUCAUUCGAACGCAAAACCGGAACUUCUUUCUAUCCCCAACAUCAACUCUAACAGAUAUGCUCUUCCAGUUCCACGUCAAUAUCUGGAUCUCGGACAACACGUGAUAAGCAUACGCAAAGUUCGAGAUUCUCGUGGCUGUCAGAGGGCAACUGAGUUUGAUGGAUCAUCAAUCAGGGUUUCGAUCUCUGAUGUGCCGACUAUCCUACCUCUUGAAUCUCGAGAGGAUUACUGUGUUGGCGAGAGGAUAUCGUUCUCUCUCUCCGGCCAUUCGCCGUUUGAAAUCUAUUAUACCUUUGAUGGUGUAGCGAGGAAAGCAAAAAGUCAGGCUACCACCUUCCGUCGUAUUGCCGAAAUGCCUGGUGAAUUCAAGAUCACAUCUGUUAGUGAUGGAGCUAGCGGGAGGUGCAGAGUCCACAAAAAUAUUACCAAGGUAAUACACCAAAUGCCCAGCGUGAGGAUAAGUCGUGGAGGUGUGUCUGUUGUCGACAUACCUGAAGGUGGUGAAGCGGAGAUCAUGUUUGAAUUCUGGGGAACUCCUCCUUUCGAGUUCACUUAUACCCGUAGCACGAAUGAUGGAAAGGGCAAAAAGCGUGUUGUCCUUGACACUAAGAAUGAUAUUUCUCAUGAGCAUACGAAGACGAUUAAAGCAUCAGAUGAGGGAACGUAUGAAGUUGUGGCCAUAAAGGACCGCUACUGUUCUUUCUCAACACAAAAUACCGAUAAAGGGAGCCGACGAGGCUUCUUUUGA